AUGGCUGUGUCCUGGUUCCUUCAUUUUCUGAUUUUACAGACACUCUGCCUUAUGAGCUCUGACGUGUACAACCAGCCGCAGGGGGUUGGAGUUAGCACCACAGCUGCUCCGGGAGCCUCUAUUUUGGAGGCGAAAAGGCGUGCUGAGCAGCAAGGCGGUACAUGGUACCGUGGCAGGUGGCACAGCGCCUCAUCGCUGGGAGUUACUACAGUGGAGGGUGGCAGCUCUACGACACCCACGGUGAAGCCGCCCCCGGGAAACCGGACCUUGCAGCGCCUCUCCGUCCUCAGCUACAACCUGGGCGGGGUGACGCCCGAGGUCUACGACACCUUCAGGGAAUGGUUGCACGGCUCCUGUCAAGCAGAUAUUGUGCUGCUGCAAGAAACCCACUGGGGGUUUGGUCGCGAAGACAACCAAUGGCUCCUGGACGACUGGAUUGCCAUCACCUCGGCGGACUCGUCCAGUCGAUUUUCGGGAGUUGCUGCCUUUUUGAGACGGAGCAAGUUCCAGGAGGAUGCCAUCAGUCGCUGCACCUGGAUCCCGGGUCGCCUCUUGCACAUCAGAUGUCAGGGGCACCGAGCGGUGCUGGAUAUCGUGGUUGGCUAUCAAUGGGUAUGGCAGGAAAAGGAUGCCCAUAAGGUCGCGCGCAAGCGCGCGACUUUCUGGACGAAGCUGGGAUGUUUGUGCCAGGGUUUACCGACGAGACACCUCUUGAUCAUGGGUGCGGAUUUUAACUCAACUGCGCGCCCAAUCUCGGGCUUGGUAGGAAGGGGACUGCACCCCACAACGCGAGCGCACGACCUGGACUUCGAAGCGCUACUGCUGGAGCAAAAGCUGGUCCUGCUCAACACAUGGACCUCGGCGACUCCGAGACUCAGUCGUACCUUCCUGCAUGGAACACAGUCCUCCCAGAUUGACUUUGUGCUCACGCGGCGUCGACACGCCGACCUGGAGGCCAAAACGGCUCAUCCCACCACUCUGGAUUUGGUACCAUGGCGCCUCGGGCCCAAGCACCGGAUGGCCGGCGAGGAGCAGAUGGAGGUGGAUCAGCGUGCAGCGGUGGCGAGGAACGAGGUGGACCUUGUUUUCGGACGCCCCCUGGCCGCGGCGGAGAAGGAGAAGGAGACCGAGGAGGACAGACCUCCCAAGUGGCCCAAGCAGGAGGGCGGCGGAAAAGGCUUCCAGCAGAGCAACUGGAGCGGCUGGGGCGGCAAUCGCCAGAAGCGGCAGUGGGAGCCAGCACAGCCGACGGGCACCUCUUGCCCCGACAAGGCCACUCAGGAGUUGCUACAGGUGGCAACUCGGCUUCUCCUCCGGCACGAAAACGAACUUGCACGACUGAGGGCAGAUACAAGUUUUGUCCUCUUUAUAGAUACUGGCAGCCACUCAUGCCUGCAGCUGCUCAAAGAUGCGGGAGCCAAGUGGUCCGAGCUCUACUCCCAGGGUCAAGUGACCAUGCCGCUGCGGGCGAUGUUGAUGAUGGGGCUGGUUCAGGAGCUCAAGCGAGCCCUCGAAGGAGUCCGCGUCGACGAGGACAAGUACACCCGCUGCAAGGAAGCGGGCUGGGCCCGCGACGGUGCCAUGGCGCUGAACCCUCACUGGGUCUUCCACGGCUGGGACAGCAAGGCCAAGAAGCAGAUCGUCCUGGAGAAGGAGCCCCUCUCCAACAGCGAGAUCCUGCGCAUGCUGGAUACCAUGGAGAUGGAGAGCCAUGUGCACAAGGAGGGCGUUCUUCAAUGCUUCAAGAGUGCCAAGCCCUACGAGGAGCUGGAGUCAGCGGAAGUGGCUCCGUUUGUCCUCACGAUCAGCCUCCGUACCCAGGCGGCGGACGAGCUCCACGAUAUCUUCACUCGCCUAUCUGGCAAUGCUUGCUGCAAGCUGCUCGGCUUCCGAGUACGCCCGGAACGGGGAGCGUGCCAGCCACUGGCAAAGCUCCUGGAGCAGAAGUUUCAGGAGACCGAGUACUGCGACUGGAAGAAGACCACGAGCUGGCGAGCCCGCUCGUCCGCCUAG